GGGUUUACUUAAUUCCCUCUACAACCUCCUGCCCCCCAACCCCCCACCAUAUUAUUAUAUUAAUCAACCAAGAUCGCAAUCAUGUCGCUUAAUUCAGGUGUUUCCAUCAAUGAUGAGUGCGUCACUUCGUACAAGGAAUUCAGCCUGAGCCGUGGCAAGACGAAGUACAUGAUCUUCAAGCUUUCGGACGACAAGUCAGAGAUCGUCAUCGACGAGUCCGGCGGUGAGAAGGAUUAUGAGGUCUUCCGCAACAAGCUUUGCGAUGCCAAGGACAGCAAGGGCCGCCCUGCUCCCCGUUAUGCUGUCUACGAUGUCGAGUAUGAACUUGGUGGAGGCGAGGGCAAGAGAAACAAGAUCAUCUUCAUCUCCUGGGUUCCCGAGGAAUCGGACAGAAUGCUGCGCAUGAUUUACGCUAGCACCCGCGAGGGCCUGAAGACCGCCCUGGGCCCUGCUGCCUCGAUCCAUGCCGAUGAGAAGGGCGAUAUUGAGUGGAACACCGUGCUUUACGAGGCCAGCGGUGGCAAGGCUGGCAAAUAAAAGGCUUGCACCGGCUGGGUCCGGUCGCGGCGUCCGUUUUGCAGUCUUUCUGUCUGCAUAACAACUCUCGUCACCAGUCAUGGAAUACCUAGGGAUGACUGGAAUACCUGGAUUCGGUCUGAGACACUCACGACUCGUCUAAUCUCCGUUUCUGCAUUCGGGUGGAUGAGCGUUGGAAGGAGAAGCUUUUCAGCGUUUUGAUUGUACAGAAUAUCUUUGCCUGAGC